UUAAACAAAAUGCAAAUGGAGGUGUUUAAAUUUUCUACUUAUGAUACACCACCACUUAACUAUGUGCUCUACCUUAUUGAAUCUGACUUUUAUAUCCAUUGUUUUAUAAAAUACACUACAACAUCCUUUAUUUGCAAAAGUAAGGAGUGUUUAAAUAUCCCGGAAUAAAUCGAAUAAAAGCCUGAAUAGUUCAAUAAAAUCCGUCAAGAACGCGAAUAAAUUGACUGCCUCUGUCACGGGUAUGGUAGAAAUAAAGAAUUAAUUGACUGUACAGACCCUUCAUACCGGGACUUGACAGUUUUUAUCAACAACUUCGCCACAAAUUAUUAUUACAGCGCAACAUUUACACCGACAAAGUUGGAGUACACGAGCUUAAUUAUUAUUUUUCCUCUUUCUGUUUUCAUGAUACAACACACAGCACUUCCGGGAACUUAUCCCGCAACUCAAAUGAAGACGAUGAACGAAGCAAAGCAAAAGCUGGGAUUCAAAUCCAGAAUUUACAAACUUAAAACAUAUUUCCACAAAGAACAAAAUGUCAUUGCUGUAGAAAAACACGGCAAAACAUCGAAAUGGACAAAACCUUGGGUCAAGAAAUCAACACAAGUCUCAACGAGUAAUACAGUUGCCAUUGGAACAGUAUUCUCACUUAAUGUUCCCAUUACGAUUUCAAACACGACAACUCACUACAAUACAAAAACUGAAGGCUCCACGAGUACGGGGAAUACUUCUGUCGUUCAACAACUGGUUAUUUUACCACCAAUACAAAUAUACGGGUUUAUGUUUCUUGUAGCUUUUUUCUUAUUCGUGAUCACUUUUGCAUUACUACAAGUUCAUCGCACCAUUUCAAUUAUUGAAUUGGCUGUAGACGGCAUCACAUAUACUCUAGUGAACUUUGUUGGUCUACUUUCAAUUUUAAAAUCUUGGGUUUGAUAAAUAAAUCCAGAUCCUAUAUAUAUACAAUCAUUUUGAUAAGCAGCAUUGACGAAAGCAUAAAGUUUUAUUUAGACCUUGUUGUAAUUAUAAGUAAAAAAAAAAAAAAAAAUCCUGUGGCAUUACAAAAGGUCAAUAAAGAAACUAAAUGGGUAUCAAUGCUUUAUUUUCCCG